AUGGCAGAAUCCUCCAGUGAUUCAGACCACUUCCGCUCUCGUGGCCGAUUGAGUAGAUGGGCUGCCAGGUCAACAUAUGGUGAAAAUGGAAAUCGUCCUGCAGUAGAUGUUACUGAGAAGGUCAACACCAUAACAAGUACUCUUCAGGAGACCAGUCGGAGCCUGCAACAAGUCGACCAGAUGCUUGGACAGUAUCGAGAAUAUAGUAAUGGACAGGCUGAUGCAAUAGAACAUUUGAAAGAAAGCUUGGAGCAAUCAAUAGGCCAACUGAGGAGUCAACGAUUAUUAAGAAACCCAGGAGCAAGAAGUAUUUCUGUUACAAGUCUGAGUGCAAGCGACCUCGAUGGUGGCACUGUGACAGAGAGCCAGCGUUUCCCACCUACCUCACCCCUCAAAGAUUAUGAGGACCAACAGGGUAUUAGACGAGCUAGAUCCAGAAUUGGUGUUCGAUUUGGUCGGGACCCCGACACAGGCCAGAUUCAUGCUUUUCAUCAGUCUCUUCGGGAUCUCAGCAGUGAACAAAUUCGCCUUGGAGAUGAUUUCAACCGGGAACUUGCCAGGAGAAGCAGGUCGGAUGCUGAAACAAAAAGAGCUUUAGAAGAAUUGACUGAAAAACUUAGUGAAACUCAAAAGCAAGAAGGGGUUUCAGACCGGGUGGAGCGUCGGCUUCAGGAGAUCGAGAGAGAGAUGCGCACGGAAAGGGAGCUGGUGGAGAAACGGCAGGAUCAGUUAGGCCUUAUUUCUAUGCAGCUACAGGAGGCAUUGAAGAAACAAGAAGUUCGAGCAGAGGAGCAUGAAGGAAUAAUGAAAAAUAAGCUAAGACAAACAGAAACAGAGAAGAGUCAACUUGAACAGGAAUUGGAGCUGUCGCGAAGGUUAUUGACUCAAUCAGAAGGCAGCAGAGAAACACUUUUGCGACAAGUAGAAGAACUUCGUAUGCAACUUAUGAAAGCAGAAGGAGACCAAAAAGGGUUACACCAUCAACUACCUCAAGUUUCCAAGCAACAGUCAGAACAUCAGGAUGAACAUGGAGAUGACUGGAAGUUUAGGAGAGGUGUCGAGUGGGGAAAAGAAAAUCUGGAGAAGCAGAUGUCAGAUUUGAGAAUGCAGCUGAACUUCAACGCAAUGGCAUCCGAGUUAGAGGAAAUGAAGCAGUGCCUGGAGAGAAAAGACAGGGAGAAAGCACAUUUGGCAGCACAAAUAGAGAGUUUAACACAUGAAUUGGAGAGCAAGGAAAAGCAGCAAUUACAAAUGUUGGAUAAACUUAAGGAGAUACAGAAACACUUUGAGACAUGUGAGGCCAAGCAUCAGCAUUCUGACCACCAGAUCUUGGAGCUAACUCACCAUGCGGAGGAAGCAACCAAGCAGGCUGAACAGUACCUCCUAGAAUUCCAGCAGUCAGAGGCCCUGCGACAGGAGGCAGAGAAGAAGAGAGAAGAGCUGAAACUAAAAGCCCAAGAGAUCAUUCGACAAUGGAAGCUUAAGCAUAAGAAGUUAGAGCGAGAAUUGGAGAAACAGUCUGAAACUGUUGACCAACUUUCAGACAAGAAGAAUCAGGUUUUAAAAGAAAAGGAUGAAUUGAGAAAUCAGCUUUAUACAGCAUUGCAACAGAUGGAAAACCUUCGGAAGGAAUUGAAUGAAGCCUUAACCAAACGUGCUCAUCAAGAGGAGGAACUUCAUUCGAAAGAAGAUAAACUAAGUCAUAUUAUGACUUGUCAAGCUGAUCUUGAACUAGAAGUCAAGGAAUCCAGGGACACCAUUCAUAGGCUAGAGACUGAACUGAAAAGGCAUAAUAAGACGCAAAGUCAGAUGAAAGAUGAGAAGGCUCACCUGGAGGAGGAAAUUGCAGAGCUAAAGAAAAGCCAGGCCAAGGACAGAGCUCAAUUGCUUGAGAUGCAGGAAUCUGUCAAGGACUUGAGUGCUAUCCGAGCUGAUCUUGCUAGUAAAUUGGCCGAGGAACAGAGAGCCAAGAAAGAAGUACUUAAGAACCUCUCAGAUCUCAAGGCACAGACAAAAUCCACAGAUGAAGAAACAGCCACAAUUAUUACGCAGCUAAAGCUAGAGCGAGAUGUUCACCAGAGGGAGCUGGAAGAUCUCACAUCAUCCUUGCAGAGUGUGAAAAUAAAACAUGAGCAAAAUAUCCAGGAACUGAUGAAGCACUUCAAGAAAGAAAAGAGUGAGGCCGAUAAUCAUAUUAGGACACUGAAGGAAGAAAGCUUAGAAGAUAAGAAUAUGGCAAAAGUUCGUCUUUGUCAGCUAGAGAAGUUGAAGUCACAGUGUGAUAGGCUGACAGAGGAAUUAACUCAGACUGAAAAUGAGAACAGGAAACUGAAGCUGAAGUAUCAGUGUUUGAAGGACAAACUAGAAGAAAAGGAAAAACAUCUAAGCAAUGAAGAACACAACUUAAAGAGAAUGGAAGAAGCCCGAUUGCAGCUUAAAGAUCAACUUCUUUGCCUGGAGACCGAACAGGAGUCCAUUCUUAGUGUGAUAGGAAAAGAAAUUGAUGCAGUAUGUAAAGCCUUCUCCAGGGACUCACUGGAGAAAUUGAAAGUGUUUUCAUCUAGUCCUGAGAUUAAUUAUGAUCCACAUCGUUGGUUAGCAGAAAGCAAGACUAAACUUCAAUGGCUCUGUGAGGAACUAAAAGAGAGAGAAAACAGAGAGAAAACCUUGCGGCAGCAGCUGAUGAUGUGCAGACAACAGCUCAGAAGUAUGACUGAAAACAAGGAAUCUGAACUCCACUGUCUCUUUGAACAGAUUGAAAGGCAGGAGCAACUUCUGGAAGAAAUACAUCGGGAAAAGAGAGAUCUGCUGGAGGAGUCCCACAGAAAAGAUGAAGAAAUGGAAUCUCUGCAGGAUCGUGUAAAUGCCUUAGAAAUGAGUACAAGAGUAGCCCUGAACCAUCUGGAAUCUGUGCCCGAGAAACUCAGCCUACUAGAUGAUUUCAAAGACUUCAGAGGUUCCAGCAGCUUUUCUGAGAGACAUGAUGGGAGAUACACUAAGCACCGAGUUCACAGACAGUUAUUUCAGCAGCACCAAGAUGACUCCAAGUACAGAUGCAAAAAUUUCAAAGUUGACAGAAGCUUUCCUGAAGGUUCCCAUGCUCCUGGGUUCGAUCACUCAUCUACUUGGCAAGAUCAGAGUCACUUUCUGUCUAGUCCACAGUUUUCACUCUUGAAUUCAUUUACUCAAAGAACUGUUUAUCCUGAUUCAUCCUCACUCAAGGAAGAUGCUAUAAAUUUACCAAUGGAUGGAGCAAGUUCACAGUCCAAAAAAGAAGACAGUCAGAAUGAAAGAAGAAAAUUGUGAUUUGUGGCCUUACCUGAUUAUUUUGCAAAUAUGAACAGAUCUACCUUGCUAUGAUUUCAUCCUAAUUCUGCGUAUCUGCAGCUUUUAAUCAUAAGCAGCUACAAGCAAACUCACAAA